UGUGUGUGUGUGUGUGUGUGUGUUUCAGGAGGUGAGUGUCAAACAGCUGCAGGAUGCUGCCGUCCUCGUCCCCGCUGACCUGCUGUUCUCCGCGGGGCAUCUGAUCCGCCAAACAUGAUGAAGACUGAACCCCCGGCGGCCUCGGGGGGCAACGGGUCCUCCGGUGGCAGCGGGAGCUCGAACCUGCGGAGUCCGUCGCCGCACCGCAACGCCUACGAGGCGGGGCUGGCGGCGCUCAAGAAGGCCACUGACCACCUCAACAAUGCUGCCAACGGAGGCUCCGGGCCCUCCUCCAAACCCGCCCCUCUGCCCCGCCCCACCGGGAGGGGCCGGAAAUACGGAUCCAACGUUCACCGCAUCAAGAACAUGUUCAUGCAGAUGCAGUCUCCUGGAGACGACGAGGACGGGGCCAAAACGCUCGGUGUAGAUCAGGCGAUGAAACUGUCCCUACCGAGAGCGUCCAGCCUUAACGAGAACGUGGACCACAGCGCCCUGCUCAAACUCGGCGCCACGGUCUCCGAGAGGGUCAACCGCUUCGACUCCAAAGCAGGCGGAGAGGGAGGCGGCUUCUCCAAGCUGCAGGAGACCAGGAGGAUCUUUGAGCAGCGGACUCUGCAGGAGAAACAAGCCGCCACCAACCGGAUCCUGCUGAAGAAGGAGCGGGCGUCGGGCUUCCAGGACAGCCGUCUAGAUGUCGUGGCUCGCUUUAACGGCUCCACCGAGGCUUUGGACCGAUUGGACGACCCCCCUGCUCCCGCUCCAGCCCCGCUUCCUGCUCCCGCUACUCUCCCCGCCGCCGCUUCAAUCGGGCCCGGCGACGCCGUCAGCCCCACCGUGAGCCAGCUCAGCGCCGUGUUCGAGAAGGCCGAACAGCCAAACAUUGUCUACCUCCCCCAGCGUCGGUCAGGCCCCGCUCUACCCCCAAAGCCCAAACCUCCGGCCAGAGCCGAGGCUCCGGCGAGAAAGGGGAAGGUGCUCCCUCCAGGUAAGGAGGCGCGCGAGGAGGCGGCAGCAGGAGUUGCGAGCGUCCGUGCAGCAGAGCGCCCGGAGGUGGCUGCUUCUCUACAGAGGAGCACAGGAGAAGUGAAAGCCAGCGAGGAGAAGGAGGGGAGCGGACAGUCAGGAGAGCAGCUCUCCUCCUCCUCUUCGUCCUCGGUGACCGUCACUUCCUCCUCUUCCUCUUCGGAGGUUAAGCCGGAAUCGGAGGCGACGGCGACUGAAGCCGGGGGCUCGAGUACGGGGGCCGCGUCGGACACAGAGCCACAGGCGGAUGAACUGGACGGCUCCGGGGGCGGCUCUGAGGCCGGAGCCAGGCUGGUGCAGGCCGAGGUUCACGCCUCCCUGGAAAACGGAGAGAAGGAGCCUCCCGGUUCCUCUCCGUCCUCGGAGGAGAGAGAGGCGGACUCUGAGAGGAGGGAGGAGGAGGAGGAGAACGACGACGACGGGUCGAGGAAGGAGGAUUACUCGGAGGGAGAUCUGGUGGAUAUCAGCGCGUACAGCGGGCUCGGGGAGGAGGACUCUGGGGGCAGCCAGCUAGACGAUGAGGAGGACGAAGAAGACGAGGAGGCGUAUCAGCCGGAGACCAGCUGCUCCGAGAUCCCGGGCCUCCCCGAGGAGGAGGAGCCUCCGCCGCCCAACAGGAAGAUUAAAUUCAGCACUGGGCCGAUUAAGGUCAGUGAGGUUUUGUUGGAUGUAAUUACUUUUUAAAACUCGGUCAGAGCCUUAACCCUUUGAGACCUGAGUGCAUGGAAAGAAGGUAAUGAACAACUUAAUACAAAUGCCCCAAAAUCAGCAAGCAAUUACAAAAAAAAACAAGAAACAAGAAGAAAAUGACA